AGCGAUCGCAGACAAACUGUAGGCUUGGUAUCGUCAAGAAUCCACCAACACGACGUCAGUAUGGAAAGAGCUAUUUCAAAUGUAGUUAAAGUGUUUCUGUUCAGUGCAUGUUUAACUAGUGUACUGGCAGCAAGCUUGGAAGGAAAGGAGUCGCCAGUGAGUGACACUGAAAGUAGACUUGACAGUUUUUUUCAUGGCUUGUACCAAAGACAGGCGCUACAAUCUCAAUGUAAUGUAAAUGACCCAUGUAAAUCAUCUAUGCUAUAUAAAGGGUCAACUGUUACCUCACAUGGAGAAUGUGGACAACAAUGCGAUAUCACAAAAGAUCUGCAAAUGAAUAACAACCUUAAUUUAUGCAACAAAGUAAGCAAAUGUGGAUGUAAAUGCUGUAUCCGGUCAAACAUUGGCAAAUCCUUGGAGGCAAUUGGUUAUCAAUGUAUAGCAGAUGACGCAAAAGAGCAUAAGCUCGAAGGAGGGCAAUCACAGGGAGAUCCCCAUUUAACAACGUUUGACGGCUUGAACUAUACUCAUACCGGUCAAAACUGCACAUAUGUAUUAUUCAAAGAGUGUAAGCGAUACCCGUCAUUCGUGGUAGCUACAAAAUAUACAGGAUUUAUAGAUAGGAGAGAGAGAAUCCACAGCCAGGUGUCAGAUGUACUAAUUAAAGUGAAACACACCUUGAUCCAACUUGGUCAAGGGAGUGAAAUAUACGUUAAUGGCAAGCCGAUCACUGUACUGCCUUGGACUGAUGGGGGGACAAUUACAAUCAGGAACAGAGAUAACAGACACGUGAGCGUAAACGUCGAAAACAAAUUCACUGUUUCCUGGACUGGUUUCGGCAACAUAGCCUCAAAACUCGACUCGUCAUUGGAUGGAGCUGUAUGUGGAUUGCUCGGAAAUGCUGACGGAGAUCCAAAGAAUGACUUGCAGAUGGAAGAUGGUACAUUGGUGGGAAUCGAGGAUGCUGAAAAGUUUGGAAACAGCUGGAUGAUCCCUGGAAGCUGCAAGACGGAGGUUACAAAGGAUGAAAUAAAGUUUAUUCAGCAGUAA